AUGAAGCUCGACGUCAAGCGCCAGCUCUACACCCGUAGCGACCGAGUCAAGGGCAUCGAUUUUCAUCCUCACGAGCCUUGGGUGCUCACGACUCUAUACAAUGGCAACGUCAACAUCACGUCCUACGAGACUCAACAGGUCGUCAAGACCUUUGAGAUGACCGAUGUUCCUGUCCGUGCUGGUAGAUUCAUUGCUCGCAAGAACUGGAUUGUUUGCGGCUCCGAUGACUUUCAGCUUCGUGUCUACAACUAUAACACGUCGGAGAAGAUUACCUCUUUCGAAGCCCACCCCGACUAUAUCAGAGCCAUUGUUGUCCACCCGACGCAGCCAUUCGUCCUAACCGCCUCCGAUGAUAUGACUAUUAAGCUAUGGGACUGGGAAAAGGGCUGGAAGUGCGUGCGUGUCUUUGAGGGCCACAGCCACUACAUUCUGUCGCUGGCCAUCAACCCCAAGGACACCAACACCUUUGCCUCUGCCUGUCUGGACAGAACUGUCAAGAUCUGGAACCUCGGCUCUCCUCACGCCAACUUCACCCUCGAAGCGCACGAGACCAAGGGUGUUAAUCAUGUCGAUUAUUACCCCCACUCCGACAAGCCGUAUCUCCUCACAACCUCUGAUGACCGAACCAUCAAGAUCUGGGACUACACGACAAAGUCGCUCAUUGCGACGCUUGAAGGCCACACACACAACGUAUCGUUUGCUGUUUACCACCCUGAGCUCCCCGUAAUUGUCUCCGGGUCGGAAGAUGGCACCCUGCGAGUCUGGCAUGCCAACACCUACCGUUUCGAGACGUCUCUGAACUACAGUAUGGAGCGCGCGUGGUGUGUCUCCUCACAAAAAGGACAGCAAUGCAUUGCUGCUGGUUUUGAUGACGGUGUCGUGGUUGUUAAGCUUGGUCGUGAGGAACCUGCAGUGUCGAUGGAUGCUUCUGGCAAGCUUAUCUGGGCUAAGCACAACGAGGUUGUUUCUUCGAUUAUCAAGGGCGACUCUGAAACCGAGGAUAACGAUCCUAUUUCACUGCCGACCAAGGACCUCGGAACCUGCGAAGUCUACCCCCAGACUUUGAUCCACUCGCCGAACGGACGUUUUGUUGCCGUUUGCGGCGAUGGCGAAUACAUCAUCUAUACUGCCCUGGCAUGGCGUAACAAAGCGUUCGGUUCCGCCCUCGACUUUGUCUGGGCUUCCAAGGAGAACAGCAAUGAUUUUGCUAUUCGCGAGACGCCGACGACUGUUAAAAUUUACAAGAACUUUUCCGAAAAGUCUGGUGGUCUUGAUGUUGGAUUCCAAGCCGAUGGCUUGACCGGUGGUGUUCUUCUUGGUGUUAUUGGACAGGGCGGUAUCUCUUUCUUUGAUUGGGCCACCGGCGGCCUUGUUCGCAGAAUCGAGGUUGAGCCCAAGCACGUUUACUGGUCCGAGAGCGGCGAGCUUGUUACCAUCGCUUGCGAGGACACCUUUUACGUCCUCCGGUUCUCCCGAGAAAACUAUACUGAGGCCGUCCAGGCUGGCGACGUCGACGAUGACGGUGUGGAGGCCGCUUUCGAAGUCAUUACUGACAUUAGCGAGACUGUACGCACCGGUGAAUGGGUCGGAGACUGUUUCAUUUACACGAAUAGCACCAACCGACUAAAUUACCUAGUCGGCGACCAGACCUACACGGUCUCACACUUCGACAAGGCCAUGUACGUCUUGGGUUAUAUCCAGAGAGACUCGAGAAUCUACCUCGCGGACAAGGAUGUCAAUGUCACAUCGUUUGGUCUGUCGCUACCCGUCCUCGAGUACCAAACUCUUGUUCUACGCGAGGAUAUGGAAACUGCCGCCGAACUGCUACCCACCAUUCCCAGCGACCAGCUGAACAAGAUUGCGCGGUUUCUUGAGGGACAGGGCCACAAGGAACUCGCCCUGGAAGUUGCCACGGACCCCGAACACAAGUUUGAUCUUGCUCUCGGCCUGAACCAGCUUGACAUUGCUUUGGAGCUUGCUCGUGCCGCCGAUACUGAGCAUAAAUGGAAGACGGUCGGUGACGCGGCCCUUGCCGCUUGGGAUGUUGCUUUGGCUGCCGAGUGCUUCACGCAGGCCAAAGACAUUGGAUCUCUAUUACUACUCCACUCGUCCACCGGUGACCGCGACGGUCUGGCGAAGCUGGCCGCGCAAGCUGAGGAGAGAGCGGCUAACAAUGUUGCCUUUUCGUGUUACUGGCUGCUGGGAGAUGUGCAAAAGUGCCAGAGUAUCCUGGCGAAGACAGAGCGAUACGCCGAGUCGGUACUAUUUACACAAACGUAUAAGCCCAGCCUGACACCGGGCGCCGUCACAGCGUGGAAGGAAAACUUGGAAAAAUCCAAGAAAGGUCGUGUCGCCAAGCUCAUUGGUCUCCCCGGCGAAGACGACGACCUUUUCCCCGAGUGGGAUGCCUGGUUGAAGCUGGAGUCCGAGGGUGGCUCCUCGAUUGACGUCGCGGCUGCGGCAGUAAAUGGGCACGAGGAAGUGGACGAGGAAGCGGAAGAGGUGGAGGCGGAAGCCGGGGAGGAGGGGGAGGAGGAGGAGGAAGCAGAAGAAGAAGAGGAUGAGGAGGAGGAUGAGGAGGAUGAGUAG